AUGCAUUUCUCUACGCUCCUUAACACCGGCAUCGCCAUUACGCUCUUCAGCACCUCUGGCCGUGCCGGCUACGUCUUGCAAGACGACUACUUCUCCGGCAACUUCUUCGACAACUUCGACUUCUUCGAUUCUCCUGACCCGACGCAUGGAUUCGUAGAAUACCAAUCUCAAAACGAUGCUUCCUCGGCCGGAUUGAUUAGCAGCUCCAGCAACAAUGCCAAGAUGCUCGUCGACAGCAGCAAUGUCACGCCCGAUGGACGUCCUAGCGUGAGACUUACGAGCAAGAAGUCGUACAGUUCCGGUCUCGUGGUUCUCGAUGUCGAUCACAUGCCCGGUGGUAUCUGCGGCACCUGGUACGUCGUCUCACCCCCCCCCCUCCCCAUCACCAUCUUCCCAUUUCCACGCUAAUGUUUCCACCUUCCAGGCCAGCCUUCUGGACCGUCGGCCCCAACUGGCCCCUCGGCGGCGAAAUCGACAUCAUCGAAGGCGUGAACGAGCAGACCCAAAACGACAUGACCCUGCACACCGGCCCCGGCUGCGCCGUCAGCAACACCGGCCUCUUCUCCGGCGUCCUCAAGACCCUCACCUGCGACUCCUCCGCCGGGAACAACCAAGGCUGCCAGAUCGCCGACGGCAACCCCGGCGGCUACGGCGCCGCCUUCAACGCCCACGGCGGAGGCGUCUACGCCAUGGAAUGGACCCCAUCCGCCAUCAGCGUGUACUUCUUCCCCCGCGCUUCCAUCCCCGCCGACGCCCUCGGCGCUUCUCCCAACCCUUCCACCUGGGGCACUCCCGUUGCCCAAUUCUCCGGCGGCUGCGAUUUCGCUUCCGCUUUCACGGACCAGCAGCUCGUCUUCGACACGACUUUCUGCGGCGAUUGGGCGGGCAGUCCCGACGUCUGGUCGAGCAGUUCCUGCUCCCAGCAGGCUUCCUCUUGUACGGACUUUGUCGCAAAUCACCCGUCCGCUUUCCAGGACGCGUAUUGGUCGAUUAACGCGUUGAAGGUCUACUCGACUGGUGGUGGUGGGGCGAGUGAGGCUUCGAGUCCUUCGCCUACUUCUGCUGCCGUCUCGACUGCGGCUCCGGCGUCGGUUUCUACCAGCGAGCCGAGCCCUUCUAGCCCCUCGGAGUCUGGAAGCAGUGGCAGUGGGGUCGUGCCGUGGGUUGGUCCGGAUGGGACUGUGAAUUGGGGGGAGGAAUCUACCGCCGCUGCGACGCCGACGCCGACGCCGACGGGUGGAAGUGGGUGGUACAACAGUCCGGGUGGGUUUGCACAAUGGGGAGGAAAGAAGAGGGAUGAGGAGGACGUGCUUACUGCGGAGCUUUUGAAAGAAAGGGCUGCGAAGCAUUUGAGGAUACAUAAGAGGCAUGGAAGUGGGAGGUUGUGA